AUGCGUAAUUAACCUAGUAGAAAAUGAACCAGUUGGCUUGACUCAACACCGGUUGUGGCGGGUAUCCAAAUUCUAAACCGAUAGAAUGCAGCAUCCCGUUGUGGUGGCCACCAAAUUCCAUUGCACAAAAUCUGUCGUCGACAGCACCGCCGUCCGUAAGCAGAGCGCCACCUUCUCCCGCAGCCACCACGAGCACUUCAAAACCUCAUUCCAAUUAGCUUGCAACUAUCGCAACCCAGAUAAUAAUUUGGUCUAUCCAAUCACUUCCCCCAUUUCUACAAGAUGGAAUUACAGAAAAUGCAUCAGUGUUUCUUGGAGAUGGGUUUCUCAGAUCAUCUCUUUUUAUUUGUUGUUUCUCAAUGUUGUUGCUGAUGCUGUGGCAUUUGAUAAUCCAUCUCCUUCUUUUAUGUAUGGUUGUGAAGAUGUUAGCAAUUAUUAUGACAGUGUGGAGAAUUUAGAGGGCAAAUCGCUGAAGAAAAAAUUGAAUUCCAUUAUUUCCAGGCACCAAUCUUUAUCCUACAGAGAGGUGUGGAAUGCUCUCAAGAUUCUUGAUGCUUCGGAUGUUGAUAACCCAGAAGCUUCGUUGGGAAUAGUUGAAGUUUACUCCUUGAGGGUUGUACCCAAGUCUUUAGCUGGGAAACCCGAAGGAUGGAAUAGGGAGCAUCUAUGGCCUCGUUCUUAUGGGUUAAAAGAUGGUGCGUCUUUGACAGAUAUACACAACAUUCGCCCAGCAGAUGUGAAUGUCAAUGCAUCCAGGGGGAACAAAUACUAUGGAGAAUGCACGGAUAACUCAGCUAAAUGUUUGAAGCCAGCAAACAAAGAAGCCGCUUUGGACACGGAAACUGACAAGGACAGAUGGGCACCACCUAAACAGCAUAGAGGAGAUGUUGCUAGGGCACUGAUGUACAUGGCGGUGUGUUAUGGGUUUCAUCAACCAGGUGGAGGCCCAGCUCUUCGCCUUUCAGAUUCUCCAAAAAUUUCAACCGGUGAGAUGGGGCUGCUUUCUACAUUGUUAAAGUGGAAUGAUAUUGAUCCACCUUCAAGAGAAGAGAAGUUGAGAAAUGAAAGAGUAUGCAAGUUUUAUCAACACAAUAGAAAUCCUUUUGUUGAUCAUCCAGAAUAUGCCCGUCUCAUAUGGAGAAAACAUUUUAUCCAUCGUCUUCCAAGCAGUCAUGAAAUUCACAACAAAAGGGCAGUUCGGAACAAGGAAACACGAGCAAACAAAUCCUCAGUUAACAGGGUUCAAGCCUUCAAGGAACGACAUGGCAGAAUCGUUAUGAAGGGAUGAAAACAUUUUCCAAGUUCAUAAAACCUUGAUUUAGUGGUGGGAGGUAGCCAUGAAGGUUUUUCGCACACCAUGACAUGGCAACACACCUAUCAUACUAUCAUUUCACUGGAAGUUUGAGUUAAAUCCGUUCGUAUUGUUAAGGCCGUCUUACAAUUGUCAUUGCAUUUUUAUUUAUUUGUUUUGCAGAUUGAUAUUAAUUCUUUUGCACUUGACAUCUGUGUAUCUAUAAAAAAAUGUGAAUACAGAUUUUCGUGUAAAUUACUAUGUGUAUAUAUAUUUACAUAGAUCCUCCUAGUCCCUUGCAGCUUGUCA